UGAAUCCAGCCUGAACCCUGAUAGACCCACAAAGACAAAAACACUUAACCUUUGGUCUUAGCCAUUGGUUUGUGUCUUAUCUAUCUAGUUGUGAGUACAGCUUUGUUUUGUGUUGUUUCUCAAACCCAAUUAUUCGAAGUCAAUAUUAAUGUACACCCCAAUUCAGGUCUUUGAUUUGUCAGAUCGCAACAAACAGCGCUCCCCCGCACUAGGUUGACCACUUUGCUUUUUGCACUUUUGGUUCUUCCUCUUACACCUCAUCGAUCAACACAGGUUGGAACAGAAGAAAUACCUUCAUUUAUUUAGUUUUGCUUUGAGGAAUGGGAAAAGUGACCCUUAUAUAACAGUAAUUUCAAAAUGAGUGGUAGUUAGGAGGCUCAGAAACACUAUCUAGCAGAAUUUUCAUGUGGGCUUUUGUUAAGUCAAGUUUCUUCAAUAUUAUCAUCAGAGCGAACUAAUACGAAGACCCCGAAGCAUUUUGACAAAGGAGAGGCUGAAAAACUACAGACCACCAAUGGAUGAAUUUGGUAAAAAAGAUGAAGGUCACUUUUACGCUGUAGAUUCAGCUUUUGGAAAACCCUACGAACUUCAGGGUUUCUCAACAAAAGAAAACGAUGAGCAAGAAGAGUUAUCCCUGCAAGCUUUAACGGAAAUAGAUUAUCGACUAGCCUAUUUUACUGAGAAGCUGAUGAAUUUGCAUGUGCUUUAUAUUUAUUUAUUAAGCGAGGAAAGUGAUCUUGAAGCAAUGGAUUCAAAGAAUAACAGCAUCUUGGCACAAUUAUUUGAGAAGGCAAUGUCAUUUGAUUUAUUGGCUGGUAUUUUGGAUUCUGAGGUAAGAGAGCUUGACAGUUUCAUGGACGCUCUCCAGGAAGAAAUUGUUAUUGCUCGUCAAAAAAUAUUUUCGUGCAGACAUUUGACCGAGGUUUUCCUUAUGAUGGACAAAAAAUUGCAUGACUCCGAAGAGUCUGUGAAACAGUUUCAACAGCAGUUAAUGGAGUUGAAAAUGCAAUCAUCCCAGUUACAGAAAACCAUGGAUGCUUAUAGAAAUGAGAAUUGCGAAACGGGGAAGGCCUUGAAUUUAUCAGGAAAUGGUCAACUUUCAGAUGUGAAAGCAAAAUCCAAUUAUCAGAUGGUUGAACAACGAAGAUAUAUUCUGCAAAUGCUUGAGAAAUCUUUUGCGAGGGAGGUAGCUCUUGAAAGGAAGUUAGCAGAGUCAAAAGACAAUGAGGACCUAAAGUUGAAACUCCGUUACACAGAACAAGUGGCAUUUUAUAUGGAAGAAGCAGCAGAAGUAGUUUGGGGAAGAUUUCUUGAGGCAGACAAUGCUGCAGAGGUGUUAAUGGGGAUUUCUAAAGGUAUAAUGGGACGUCUUCAAGUAACUGAGUUCAAUCUCAGUAGUUCUAUGCAACGAGAAAAUGAGUUGAGAUCAACAGUUCAAAAUUUGAUGGAGCAAAUCAAGGCUAAAGAUGCUGCUUUAGAUAAGCUUGAGACAUGUAAUGUCGAGAGUACUAAGGAAAAAUCUGAUGUGUUGGCUUUGAGGGAAAAAGUGAAAUUUCUUGAGAAGGAGAGAAAGGAUUUUGAGCUUCAGAUUAAUAAUGCGAUUGCAGAGAAUGAAGCAUACCAUGAACAUCAAAUUGAAAUGGAAAAUUUUGUUGAGUCUCUAAGAGAAAACAUUGACAUUGCAUUAAAUAGGGCUGAGAGUGCAGAAGCCAAGGUUACACAGCUAACUGAGACCAACGUGGAACUUACUGAAGAGAUGAAUUUUCUUAAAGGGAGUGCUAGCACUGCAGAAAAAAAGGUUGGUUCACUUGAGAAGCAACUAAGGGAAUUAGAUAUCCAACUACAGACUGCAAAGGCAUCUUCUGAAGCAAGUCAAGAACAGCAGAACAUGUUAUACACAGCUAUAUGGGAUAUGGAAAUAUUAAUUGAAGAGCUGAAGUCAAAGGUUUCAAAAGCCGAAAGUAAUAAUGAAAGUGCUGCUGAGAAAUGUUUUGUGCUAUCUCAAACAAACUUAGAACUUAAUAAAGAAUUGGAUCUCCUUAGGUCCAGAACAAUAUGCUUGAAAACAUCUUUGGAUCAAGCUAGCCAUACAAGUUUUUCAAGGGCAAAAGAAAUUGAUACUAAAACCAAACUUAUCAUGGAUAUGGUAAUGCAAUUAGCUGCUGAAAGGGAGCACAUCAAUAACCAGUUACUUGCUUUAAAACAGGAAAAUAAACAUUUGGUACAAAAGUUAAAGAAUACUAAAAUUGAUGGAUCUUUACAUACGUGCAACUAUGGACUGAACAACAGAAACGAAGAUCAAGCUUCCAACAUUGACUCAAGCAAUGAUAGCUGUGCUAAGUCCUCGGAUGAGGAAGUAAUAGAUCACUUUAAUGCCGCCUUUCAGGCAGGUGGGUGAAGAAAUUGCAAGCUCAAAAUCUCAAGCCGCAUCAUCUAUUUCGGCAGAUAAGCUUGCAAGUUGCAGAAAAUUGACAUUUCUUUCAGUAGCAUUUUUUGUCCCUCUGGUUUCUGUGUUAGCCAUCUGGUUGUUGGACAAAGGAAACAUUUUCAUUUCCGAAAGCUUAUGAUUGCCAAGUUAUGAACGCUAUAGAAAAUUUGUGCUUGUGUAGUUGGGCUUCCCUCAAGUCCUAGAGCGUCUUUAUGUUAUCUUAGUUGCUGUAACAGAUUUCGGGUAAUUUAUCAAUUAAUUAAUUACUAUAAUUAUAAUUUA